AUGCAGGGAUUCUCAGGGAGCCCUAUGUGUGAGUCUCACGUAAGCCAACGCGUCAAGAAGCUGGCACCAAAUCACCGGAUGGACUGGGACCCCCGGAAUAAUAACCCCAAGCCUAACAAGAAUGAUGCCAUUUGUAAACCGGGUUCCAACGGCAAGGGCAAGUGGGGAUUUGAUGUCGGCGAGUAUGCUUAUGCUUAUGAUGGUCACAGCUAUCGAAAGGCUAGAGGGAGCAAGUGA